UGAAGCACGGCCCGGAAUUGUCUCGCUCUUAAAACAUUCUCCCAUCGUCCAUUUCGUCUAUAUUUUAUUUCCAUUUCCGACCUGUUCUUCCGUGAUUUCUUCUCUUCUCUUCUUCAAUUUCUCUGAAUUUACAGAUUCUGAAUUCUCCAUGGAUCUUCAGCACCAGCUUCGAAAACCAACCUUGGAGCCAGACCCGCACCUACCCAACAUCAAAAUCCACCAUCCAGCUUCCCCUCGCCACACCUCCACCGCCACCCCCGUCGCCACCCCCACCCCCACUGCCGGCGCCCGCCGCAGGAUUGGGGUGGCUGUCGACCUCUCCGAGGAGAGUGCUUUUGCUAUUCAUUGGGCUGUUCUACACUACAUUCGUCCUGGUGAUGCUGUCAUUCUCCUCCAUGUUAGCCCUACUUCCGUCCUCUUCGGUGCCGAUUGGGGCUCCAUCGACAUUACUCUCGAUACUGCUGAUGAUAAUCCUGAUGAUCAUAAUUCUGGUAACUCUGUAAAUGGUCAACAUCUGAACCGUACCGAGCGUUCGAAACGUAAAUUGGAGGAUGAUUUUGAUGCUUUCACUGCCUCCAAAGCUGCUGAUCUUGCUAAGCCGUUGAAAGAUAUUCAGAUUCCGUAUAAGAUUCAUAUUGUGAAGGAUCAUGAUAUGAGAGAGAGGCUUUGUUUAGAAGUGGAGAGAUUGGGGCUGAAUGCGCUGAUCAUGAGCAGUCGGGGUUUUGGUGCUGCAAAGCGUGGAAAUGACGGUGGGCUCGGAAGCGUUAGCGAUUAUUGCGUGCAUCAUUGUGUGUGUCCUGUUGUGGUGGUGCGUUUUCCGGAUGAGAAGGAUGUUGGGAUCGGUUGUGAUUCUGUUGCUGUGAAGAAGCAGGACAAUGGCGCCCCCGAAAAGUCUGUUGCUGUGAAGAAGCAGGACAAUGGCGCCCCCGAAAAGUCUGUUGCUGUGAAGAAGCAGGACAAUGGAGCCCCCGAAAAGUCUGUUGCUGUGAAGAAGCAGGACAAUGGCGCCCCCGAAAAGUCUGUUGCUGUGCAGAAGCAGGACGAUGACGCCCGGGAAAAGCCUGUUGCUGAGGCCGUGGAGUCCAAAGUUUGUCAUGAAAAGCUUGCAUCAUCCUGAUUAGCUGAGGUGCAAACUGGAUUGUUGUCGAUUUUGAAUCUGAAUUGCAGAGCCCCUGUUUUCCCCCACACAAGGAAACCGUGAAUAAGAAAAUAAUGUCUGCAUGAUUUGAAAUUGAUGUAUGGCCUUUCAUAUUGUUUAAUUCGUUUGAUAUCAAUAAUAUAUUUCCCUCUUCUGCCACGAUUAUUAUCUAUCUGGUUGCUAAUUACCAAAACCCUCGAACAAAUUUGUUGUGUUC